AGAGCUUUUCGGACUGAGUGACCGAGCUCAGUCACGGAUGAAGGAACUGAGAGUCUUGGGGAAGUUCGCCGCUUGGAAAUCCAGAGUUUUCAGAGAGCAUCGACGCCGUAUGUGGCUGGAGGCCUCGCGCUGUCGUCGCUCGCGGAACUCGCGCGCGUUUCGCGCGGGCGGAGCUGCCGGGUCAUGCGGGCGUUCUUGGUGGGGAAUCGUCAUUUGUUGCGGGUCCUCUUUCGCUUUUCUCGACAAGGGAGGCGACGAAGUCUUCGAUAAAAGUACAAGCGGACGGCUACGGUGAAAACCGAGAAAAAACGCGCAAAACGCGCACCAAAGCGACUCGACAACUUCGCCUCUGGACGACGCAGCGAGCUGGCGCUCAGCUGUCUGUACACCCGAGAGUUGAGGCGCUCGGACGUUUGCUAAAACACCCGCGAGCGUUUUCUGUGUCUGUGUGUGGCAUUUUAAUGCGCGUCUUUUUCUGUAAUUCGCGUUUUCUUUUCCUCGCGUCCACUUCGUCCUCUCCUCAACAGGGGACUCCGUCCAACUUCCUCCGCGCCUCCUCUGCCGCGGUUUCCCGGACAGGCAGCCACUCGAAGAGAGGGUGUCUCGCGCAUCCGAGGCAACGGGGACCUACCUCGCGCGUCAAGAGCCAGUAAAACGCACUCUUUUUCCUUUCGCUUCACGGAAAAGCGGACUGGAGUCCGUCUGUUUUUCUGCGAAGUUUUUCCUGUUGGCGUACCUCUCCUUUUGCAGUCUUUUCCCUCUGGGGCCUCGGCCAGCCGUACAUGGCGCGUCCACGCGACGAAGACUGGCAACCGACAGGUCGAGUUCUGCAUCUUGAGACUUGUUGACGUUCACCGAGCUUCUGUUGAGGAGACUUUGAGCUUCUGCUCAAAAGUCAGCUGCUCGACACCUCCGCGUCGCCUCCCGGCGUUGCCGCCCCGCGCGGCGUCUGCCGCCGCUUCGUCGUAUCUUUCUCGUCACAGGAUCCUUGGCCUCGUUCUCCGUUUUCCGCGUGCUUCUCCUCUUUUUCGUUCCCUUCUUUCUCUCUCUUGACCUCGCGACUGUCGCCCACUUUGGUCGCGCUCACCCUCCCCAACCACUCUCGUUUUUCUCGCCGUUACGCCUUCUUCGCUUUCCUCUCUUCUGACGCGAUCAGGCUCCUACGGGGCUGUUGUGUUCCUGCGCUUCCCGCUGCUCUCCCUUCUUUGUCUCGGCCUUCUGCGUCGCUGACUUCCUCCGAGUUUUCUUCUUCGGACUGCUCAAGCUCCAGCAUGCAGCCGCUUGCGCGCGAAGUUUCGCGCCUGCCACGCUCUGGACCUUUAGGUCCUGUUGCGGCGAAGAAAGACGACAAAACAUUCAUUCCGACCAACGUCCGGGUCUCUCCAGGGGAGAAGAAUGACAGAGUCGUGAAAACAGAGAAGAUUGACGACUCCACGGACGGCUCAGGGUCCCACGAUGGACCUCGCAAUCUCGAAACGCAGCUGGAGGCUCUCACCCGCGAGGUCCGGGAACUGACCCUUCGCGUUCAGGAGGAAAAGGAGAUGAAGGAGCUUCUUAAUUCUCAGCUCAACGACGCCUACGAAGAACUCGCAGACGCGCGGUCUGAGCACAGGGUCCGCGGCUUCGCUGGCGCGUCGGGCGCUCGCCUGCGUGGCGUGCGUGGACUCCCGGCUUUCGAAGCGAGGUGGAUGGAACCAGAACACCCGACAGCGCAGACCGCAAUUCGCUCUCAGCAGGAAUUCGAGUUGCUGCUCCAGGAGGAGCGCGCUCGCCGCCACACGAUGUUCGAGCAGUACGAACGACACAUGAAAGUGAUGAGGAAGAACCAUCACAAGGAGAAAUUGGAGACAAAGAAGAAAGUUCUCAGCCAGGUCGAGUUCCUCAUCAAAAAGUACCGGCGCCUCGCCUCGGACGCCGUCGCUGUGGCGAAGAGAGAACGCGAGCGAGUGGCGGAAGAGCGGAAGAGGGCCAGAGAGCUCGCCGAGCGUGCAUGCAAAAAUUUCGAGGCCGAUUUGAAAGGAAGAACGAAGACGGCGCUCGAACAGUAUCGUCGACUCGUCCAGGAGGCUCACACGGCGGCGAAGCAGGAACGCGAGGAACUUCACAACAAAUGCAAAGAGCUGCAGGAGACGGUCGACAACGAGAGACGCGAGUUCGACACCUUGAUUGUGCGAGAGGCGGAAGCGAAGAUGGCCAAGUUCCGCGCGAGCUACGCCCGGAUGAAACAGCAGACCGAGGAGGAGCGUCGACAGUACGGAGUGAUGAUGCAUGAAAUCGCGAAGCGGGUGGAGAAGGAAUGUGCAGAGUACGAAGAGUUCGUCAUUCGAACGAUGCGAGAUCUUCUUCAGAGCAAAGGAGUGGAGAUGACCGAGAGUGGACUCAGGGACUUUUUCCAGAAGAAGCGCGAAGAAAUGCGUCCGUCUGGAGAGGGACACAGCAGCACCGACGGACUCGUCACUGUCAAGUAUCGAUUUCAGGCUGCGGACCCAGAAGAUCUGCAAUAGAUUUCUGUCGAGAAGGUUUCCCCCAAUUCUUCCUAAAGUGAUGUAUUCGAAGGAUUCGCUGAAUGCGUUCCUGAGUUCAUCAUCCGGCAGGAGCUUCUCUCGCAAGAGCAGCCUUCUCCCUGUUCUCAGAGGCGACGCGAUAACAGGCAAAGAAGUCGACGAGACUGCAGUGUUUCGCCGCUCCGCAGCAGAACACUGCGCUUGUCUGAACAUCUUCCUCUUUCACAGCUGUUUCUCCUUUUGCGAAUUCAACGCUCUCCACCUACGUGUAUUCUGUAUACAUGCUUGCAUGCUACUAUGGGUCGGUGUGUACAUACAUUACACGGAGCAUACAGUGUAAACGCAUUUUCACCCAUAUAUACAUAUAUACAUAUAUAUAUGUAUAUCUGGGUGAGUAUUUGUAUGUGUUGAGAAGAAGGAUUUUGGUGUGUCUGUACACCGCUUUUGGCGACGAGAGACCCACGUGCAUGCAUCUUAAGAUCUGCAUGCAGAUAACUCUCACUUUGUCUGUUCGCGUCGAGUGCGGCCGGUGUUUUUCUUCAAGGAAACACGCAGAGACUCACCAGAAUGGACUUCUUCGUUGCGUUUCACAUCUUCGCGUCACUCAUUGGGAAUUACCUGUUUCUCUGCAAGAAACCCACCGAGGUGUCUGUACACCUGAAUGCGUCUUCCUCCGGAAGGUUCUGCCUUUUCAACGCAGCAGACGCAGAACGAGGACGGUGGAGGCUGUCUUGUUCCGCUUCCCGAUCCGCUCUCCUCGCGUCCGCUGUGAACGCUGGGGAGGCUGAGAGCCUGCAAGCGAUGCGAGCUGUGCAACGCGUCUCCGCGCAUCUGUGCGUCCAGCGAGACCCGUCGCCUUGCGAUAUGCGCCAAGAUGAAGACUUGGCAUGCAUAGAUACGCCUGCUGCAUGCAAGGCGCUUGCGAGAGAAGGUGAUGUCCCGUUUGUGGGAUGUGUAGGCCGAAGUCAAGUUGCUUCGGAGAGGGACUUUUUUUGCAGCAGUUGAGAGUUCUGUUGGAUUCACAUGGAUUUCAAGACUGAAAAAAGACUUGCUCAACAACUCAGAAAACGGUUUUUUCGGCGAAAAAGAGCGACAAGUGACACCCGACCAAAGCUUCGGUCUCUGGUGUCAAGGCAGACUCUUCUCCGUGAGGAUGGGAGGAGAAGAGCGUUCGAAGCGGUUACAGGAGAAAGGGAGGGCGGAGGCCGAAUUGCUUUUUGGAGUUGCGGAAGGUGAUAAGACUGACGCCAUAUCAACAGGCAGCGUAACGCCGUCUCACCUUUCGAAAUGGGAUUCUCACUUCGGCGCUCAUUGCCUGUCCGUGUUCUCUCUUCGCUUCAUCUUGUUCUCAGUUCCCUUAUUGGAGGCUUGCUUGUAUUUUCUUCUUGUCCUCGCUUUCGACUCUUGCGGCAGCCGUUUGUUUUAGUCUUCUAUUCUCUGUAGGAGACCUUUUUGUUCUCGCCCCGGUGUCUCUUCAUCUGCCUCUGACCCCCGCUCCUGGCACUCAUUCUUGUUCACGCUUUCUUCUCUUCGUUCUCUCUCUCGCCGAGUCUGCCUUUGGCUCAGCUCUCAGCGACCUUCCGAGCAAUCG